GAAAGUGAACCCAUUGUGCUUCUGCUGCUCCAACCUAGAGUUUGAAAUAGCUCAAACAAUUCCGAGGUCUGCUAAAUUGAAAACUGAGGGAGUUCAGUUGCAGCCUGAAAGACCAGAUCUUCCUGUGGAAGAAAUGGAACAAGAGCAUGCACCUCCACAGAAGAAAAGCAAGGCAGGGAAGAAACGACCAAGGUACUACACUGCAGUUAGGCGAUCUACACGCAUCCAGAACACUGUGAAGCCCUCUCAGAACCGGGACCUAGAGCCCAUACAGAUCACACUCGGUGAAAGCGAGAGUGAAAGUGACAAAGAAGAGGAGUCUCCUCAGCUGGAGGAGCCGGCAGUGCAUGGCGAGAAAACACUGGUUGAAAGAGUGGAGUACGCUGUGCAGUUAUUGGAAACUAUGAGCUCACAGGGUAACAGUAGGACUGGUGACUCCUCUGAAAUCAGAUACAAGAGUUUGUACUUUGAAUUGCAAAAGCAGAUUGAGGCUUUGAAAAAGGAGAACCAUGAACUUUCUUUGAAGUUGCAACUUGCUCUCGCCAGAAAUGAAGGAUUUGAUAAGGGAAGUAAUGCAUCUGUGGAAUGGAUGGGAAAAUUCAAAGAAGUGUUGUUGGUCACAAGCUUGCCAAAACCUUCUGAAAUGGCUGCUGCUGUCCAAUGUCAAGAUCCCAACGCUGCUUCUUCUUCAAAGAGGAAGAGAUGAAGAGAAGUAAAGAACUGAGUCCCUUUUGUAAAGAAUGAACCAUGCUCAUAUUAGGUGGUAUUUGGACACUGCUUCAGUUUGCUGAUGUCCUAAAGUUUCGACGGUUUAGCUUAAAUUAGACUUGGUUGUAUGAAUGGUAGCUAAUAUGAUCUAUUUGUGCACUUAGACU